UGUGAAACGAGAUCCAUGCACUGUGUUGGGUUACAGAUUGUCAGAAAGUGGAAAUUCAUGCGCUUCAUCAUUCGUCGACUCAACUCAGCUUCGUGCUGCCCUCCUUCGACGCAUACGUUGCUGGGCCUCCGCUGCUUUCGUAUCCACAACUUGCCGCACUCUUCACUCCUCCCCCCGACCAGCAGCCUUCUUUUGUAGACUCGCAGAAAGUUUUAUACGGAGAGAGAGCUUUGAAAUUAACUGGGCGAAAAGUGACGUUCUCCUUUGAAAAGUCCCCGUGGGCCAGCUGCUUGAGGAUGUAACAUAUGCGACACGAGAUGAUGGUACUGAUGUGUGCUCCAUUGCACCCUCUUUCUGUCCCGUGGCCCGUCUUCCUACAUGCGACACAAUGUGCUGGUCUUUUUCAUUGUACGCAGGGGCUUGGAUUAGCCAGGAAAAACAUUCCAGUUUUAGGAUUUUACUUACGAGAGCGGAAGAAUAUUUUACUUACAGAGGUGUUGGUACUGUUUGUUGUCAUGCACAUGCACAGGCUUGCAUUCUAUUGUCGUGAACAGAGCUCAGAAUCUCGUACUUGCCCAGAUUUGAGGUUCAUUUUGGGGUAUUCUUUUCUCGUCGCGUGGGUGUGAGAUUGGUCAUUCGUUGAAAUGGGAGGGAAGAUGUCAUUUCUUGAACAGAAUUUGAAUCCGCGCGGAUGGGAACUGGGGAAGAAGUUUCGGGCUGAGGCGGAUUUUGAUGGGGUUGGGACCAAGAUUGAAUCCAGUGACAAGGAAACAGGUGGUUGAAGUUAUAUCAAAUGAUGUUUUGAGGGAGGACGAUGUAUAUGGAUCGCGUGACAAAAGCUGAGUCGGUUUCGCGGAGAAGCAGAAAGCGAGUUGCGAGAACGAAGUCUUCACGGAGAUGAAAAGAGGGGGAGGGACGAAGACGAAAGAGGAAAUUAUGGAUUGGGAGUUGGUCCCCACAUUGUCUGAUGAGCUACAAUUUGCGCAGACACACCCCUUGGACCCUCACAAGCCGACUUGGAGUAGAUUAAUGCCGGAAGCUCUGAGACCCUACCCGUCCUUUGAAGGGUGGUGUGUGCGGAUAUGGGAUUCCAAACAGGAGUUCAGCGCGGCAGUGAUUAUGGCCACGAACUACGCCCCAGAUGAGAGUCAGGUAACAAUCCUGUUCGCUCGAGGGAAGGGCAUGGACGGCAAAGGAAGCAGAGAUGCAGUGAAGUAUGGGUACACUUAUGCUUUUGAUGUUAAGACGAAGGUUGAAUUCCUAGUCACGCUUGCUGUCAAUGCUUAAAUGCGUGUGCAUUUUUACUGCUUUUGGAAUCGUCUACCGACACGCCGGAGCUUUAGUGAAUGAGUUAAAUGUGGUAUGUACAAAGAGAAUUGACUUUUAUUCUUUCCAAUAACGAAAGUGGAAUGAGACCGGACGCCAAGCUUAAGCGAACAGUAAACGAUCAGGAAUGGGGGGAUAAGCUUGAAGUAAAGCCUAAAGGGUUUGAAUGGGAGGCCCCUGGAGUAGGGCGUAUUACUCUUACCCGCACGUUACUGAUCUUGACUUUACCGUUAAGGGUUACAACUUCAAAGCCCACUUGACAAAAGAGCUGCUGUGGGAUGCUCAUAAAUCUGAAAAGGGACCAGAAGGUUGGGCACGAUAUUUGUCAAUUCUUCCCACCCACUGGUAUGUGUGCAGUCUGGGAUCUGCUGUGGACUAUUCUUUCUCAAAUCCGGAAAAAGGGAUUCAUUACGAAGGUUCCGCAUUCGGGCAUGUGGAAAAAAAUUGGGGCCAUACCUUUCCUUCUGGGCAUGUCUGGUUGCAAGCGUUUUCUCCUGAUAACACCGCACAGGUUUGUUUUGCUGGAGCUUACUUCGAGACUCCAAAUGAAAAAUUGAAAACACCCCUCAUUUUUGUGUUGGGCUGUCGGUCUCCAAAGUUGCAAUUAGACUUUCGAACCAACGAUCUGGGGAUUCUCUUUAAGAGCGUAGAAAUCUCACCACUUGAUAGCCGUUUCUCCAUCACAGCUGUCGGACCCUCACAUAUUGUUGAGGUCAUGGCUUACGCUCCUUAUAGUACAUUUUCAAAGCCAGUACUGGCACCAGUAACCAGAACCGAUUGGAAACCAGCAUGUCGAGAAUCAUAUGUGGCUACAGUUGAGGUCAUAGUAUUUGAGCUCCUGGCAUGGGUACCUCUGGGCACUGAAAAUCUUGUGGAGACUGAAACCUUCAAAUUUGCAGCACUUGAGUUUGGAGAAGAUUUACUCUCCGAACCUAUGGAAACUACAGAUCGGAAUUGGUCAGUUAAGUUAAAUGUUAAUAGUCAGUUGACGCUGGAACUUGCAGGUCUUUUAUUCAUUAAAUCAUGAGUUUGAAUAUUCCAAUUUGUGCACAGAGUAAACAUACGUUAAAGUUAUCAACAUGAAUAAUUCUCCUUUUUCCGAGCGCCAGUUUGGAAAUCCGUCUUCAGAAAUUACUUGAAAAUCUUAGAUAGAAUCCGUACCGACUUGAUAUGACAUUUGUGAGAACAUAAUAGACACGAAUUCAGCACUCUGAGCAAAGGCGAUGACACCGUCGAUGAGCAAGAAUGGCUGGGGUCUUGAACGCAAACAAGAGUAUACGUUGAUAACUGGAGGCGCUCCCUGUUUCUAAUGUAAUUGAUUGUUUUUUUCCCUUGGCUCUUCAGUCUUUAUGCUUAUCUUGCAGGAAAUUCAGUUAUACUAUCGCUAUAAUUGGUAAUAUGGUCCAACAUUUCAGCCGAUGCCUCAAUGAUCUUCGGUACUGAUGAGAGGCAAGUUUCAUGGAUCUGUGGGACUUUACGUUUCAUAUGUAGCAGUCGGUCUGAUAUUAGAAUACUAAGCGCACCCCAAGUGUGCAAAUGUGACACAAAUACAGGCACAUGGCUGGCAAAGGGAAAUCCAUCUCAGAAAGCCAUUUAGGUUCAGUCGACUUGCACAAGUGUAUUUUGUGAAAUUAUUGGUCACAAUAGUUUAUGCACUUUUAUA